UCUAAACAGAAAAGCAUAGGGACGAAAAAAAUCGAUGAAAACUGUCACUAUUUUGAAAGUUGUUCUUUAGAUAUAACGCACAGAUUGUUUCUGAUGUAAUUGCGACACUGCGUUGGUUUGGAAACGGAGAAGUGUUUGCUUUUACAGCGGCGACCGUUCAAUCGUUAAGUCGUAAUGUGGUAAUGUAUUUAUCCGCUGCAUAUUUAUGCUUUCCAUCAACAAGCGGAUGUGUCAGUGUCACCGCAGAGGCUCUUGUACGGUGUUUGGGAUGUUUAUCCCCCAAAAAGCUUGAACUUUGAGACCUUCGCCGACAUAAAACAGUAUCCUGCUCCCUCGAGUUGCGGCAAUGGCUUCGGCGCUGAGUUGUUUCAAUGGUCCCGAGGUGCUGGAGGACGUGAAUCAUGCUCGAGGUUUAAUGAAUGAGCUGAAAUUACUCUACGACUACAGGCUGCUCGGGGACGUUACUAUUGGAGUGGAGUGUGAAGAGGAGUCCGCGGAGCAAAGCGGUGACCUGACCAGAGGUGACAUUUGUCAACUUUUCCUGUGCAGUCGUAACGUUCUCGCCGCCGCCAGCCCUUACUUUAAAAGCAUGUUCACCGGGGGACUAAACGAGAGCAUGCAGGAGAGGGUAGUCAUCCGAGGGGUGGACUCUGAAUCCAUGUCCGUCAUCAUAGAUUACUGUUACACAGGCAGGGUGGCCAUUACGGAGAGCAACGUCCAGAGACUGUACGCAGCAGCAAACAUGCUCCAGCUCGAGUAUAUUAGGAAAGCCUGCUCCAGUUUCAUGACAAGAAGGCUAGAUCUCUCCAACUGUGUUGGGAUAUUAAAAUUUGCAGAUAAUUAUGACAAUCCUGAAUUGAAGGAAAAUGCACAGGCUUUCAUAGCCAGAAACUUCACCCAGUUGUGUAAUGGAGGAGACCUUUGUGAGCUGGACUUAGUGCAGCUGAAAGAGUUGUUGUCUCUGGAUACCUUAGAUGUGGACUGUGAGAAGAAAGUAUGCUCAGCUGCUUUACAGUGGAUAGAGGCAAAUGCGCCGUUAAAUAAAGAGGAUGCAUUGCAAGCCCUAAAGUGUGUGCGCUGGAACUUGUUCAGCGAGAAGGACAAGUGCUACCUGGAGAGUCUGAUGGCAAGACCUCUAAUUGAGAUAUACCUGUCAUCUUUUUUUAACAGGUCUACAGAGGACAGCUGUGAAAUGUCUGCAGCUUUGGAUGUACCGAAACACAGAAUAGGUGUGAGUGCAAAAGAGAUGAUUAUCUUCUUUGGUCUACCCAAUGACAACAUAAUGUGCUGUGACCCUUACUCUGAGGACCUAUAUUUCAUGGCUCCUCCUUUAGAAGAUCUAAGCAGUCAGGAUUACAAACGCUCAACCAUGGAAUCUUUAAUUGCCUGUGCCACACCUGAAAAUAACCUGUACCUAGCCUCCCACCUGUCCAAACACUUCUGGCUGUACAAUCCUGUUCUCAACAGCUGGCAGGAGUUGGCAGAGAGACCACUGGGCAGAAUACACUCGGGGAUGGGCUACCUCAAUGGACAUGUAUACCUUCUGGGAGGGAGAAAUCCAGUUACUGAUGCCAGGUUAAAGGAGGUUGAGUGUUACAGCAUCCAGAGGAAUCAGUGGACAUUUGUGGCUCCUCUGCCUCACUCUUUGGGUAAAAUGCAGGUUGUGGCACUAAAUGACCACUUGUAUGUGGUGAACAAACGGAGAAUGCUUUGUUACGACCCAAAGAGAAACCGCUGGCGCCAUUGCGGAUCACUCAGAAGAGACAAGCUUCACAAAGCCUGUGUUUUCCAGGACCAGAUCAUCUGCGUGUGUGAUAUCCCCGUGGUAAAAGCCUACAGCCCCACAAGAGGGGAAUGGAAGAGGUUAGGAGACAUUCCUAUUGAUAGUCGUGCUCUGAACUACCAGGUGAUCCAGCACAACAACAAGCUGCUCCUCCUCACUCAGACUUUACUGCAGCACAACAAGAACAGAGUCCUCAUCCAUGAAUACGACCCUGAGAGGGACACAUGGAAAAACAUCAUGGCGGUGUACGUGUCCACCUUGGGACCUGUUUGCGUCUCGACACGCGUGUACCCAGCAUGCCUGGGCUCAGCUCACAGCUUCUCCACAGAGGAGGAUGAUGACAGCGGCUCAAGUGCCGACUGGGACUUGGACGGGUUGACAGAUGCAGACUCUGAUUCUGGCAGCUCGAGCUCUUUCUCAGACGAGAAUUGGUAGUGAAGUGUGUGACUGUGUCAAAGAAAAGUUAAGCUUAUGUUAAGAUGUAAUGGGAUUUUACAGGGUGUUUUUGUCUGCUAGGAGAGGUCACAGUAUUAUUACAAUAUUAAAGCCAUUAUGUAACUUGAAAGCACAAACUGGUCGCUAGUACAGUUAGCUGCAACAUUAAAGCCACUGUCAGAUAAAAUGAAUGAUACUGAUCUCUUCACAAUGCCAUGUUCUGCUGGGAAACAUUGGGUUCUGGUUUUUCUGUAUAUGUUACUUUUAGAUGUACGCUUUUUAUGGUAUUCUUUGGUAUUCCCAGGUCUCUUCACCUUUGUCCAGCAAAAUAAAAUGACAAAGCUGCCUCUAAGCAGUUCAAAAACA